AUGGGAGAAACUCUGGCGAUGGCUCCAGAUAUCCUGAAAGGGAACCAAAUGGCAGCAUCUAUCUUCGAGCUGCUGGACCGCAAGACAUUGAUCGGGGAUGCUGGAGAAGAGUUGAAAAAUGUGGAGGGUAGAGUUGAGCUAAGAGGUGUCCAAUUUAGCUAUCCUUCUAGACCAGAUAUAUUGAUUUUCAAGGACUUCGAUUUAAGAGUGUGCUCAGGCAAAAGUAUGGCUUUAGUGGGCCAAAGUGGCUCUGGUAAAAGUUCUGUUCUUGCCCUAAUACUUCGCUUCUAUGAUCCAACAGCCGGCAGAGUAAUGAUUGAUGGCAUAGACAUCAAGAAACUCAAGCUGAAAUUCCUUCGGGAGCACAUUGGUCUUGUCCAACAAGAGCCAACUCUUUUUGGCACAUCAAUCUAUGACAACAUCUUAUAUGGAAAAGAAGGAGCCUCUGAAGGCGAAGUGAUUGAAGCGGCUAAGCUAGCUAAUGCUCAUACUUUCAUCAGCGCCCUUCCAGAGGGCUACUCAACAAAAGUUGGUGAACGAGGGGUGCAACUAUCUGGUGGCCAGAAGCAAAGAGUAGCCAUCGCCCGAGCAGUUCUGAAAAACCCAGAAAUCUUGCUAUUGGAUGAAGCAACGAGUGCUCUAGACGCGGAGUCAGAGCGUGUGGUGCUACAAGCUCUAGAUAGAUUGAUGAUAAAGCGAACAACAGUCAUAGUGGCACAUAGGUUGUCCACUAUACAGAAUGCAGAUGAAAUAUCAGUUAUACAAGAUGGGAAGGUAAUAGAACAAGGCACUCAUUCCAAUCUUAUAAAGAAGAAAGAAGGAGCAUAUUUUAAGUUGGUUAGACUUCAGCAGCGAGAAUAA